GCUGUAGACAGCCUACAGAGCUCAGGAGCAGUUUGUGUAUGUUUUGCACAGUUUGUGGUGUGCACAUGUGUUUGUUUGUCCUGAGACUACUUCUCGGUUUGUCUCUACUGUUUUCCAUUUUCUGUGGCAUGAGGUGGAGGGAGUCCCAGGAUCUGAAAUAUGAACCUAUUCUGCUUCUCUCUGGAGGGCUCGACGGACAGCUCUAUGAGCCUGCCCUCAACCAACACCCACUCAGUACCAGGAACACAGUAUUUCAGUUCCCAGUCGAGCCAGCAGCCACAUAACAGCCCUUCUCUGAGUGGAACGGGCCAAGUGGAAAUGCUCAGAAUCCAUGUAUACACAUGGAGCCGUCAGAGACUCAAAAAUCCCAUCUGAAUACAAAGAAGAGAAGAUUGCAUGUACCAACAACAUCAACAUCACACAAUGAAAUCUUGGAGAUGGGUCAAGGUCCUUGUCAGAGAAGCGUCCUGACAGUAGAGGUCAGACAGGAGCUGAACUCUAAAUCAAGACAACAAGAUCCUACAACUCAGGGAGUGAACUUUGAGGUCUGGAACCCAAACUAUGAUCCCCUUGACAGUCAACAGCAGGGCACGCCUGGGGAUGCGGAGGCUGACAUGACUGAAUCUACGGGAACACUGGCGAGGUUCCAGAGACUAGUGGGAGUGAAGAAGGGACCCCAGAUUGGAUUAGAUGACGGAAAGACAGACAGCAGUGGUAAUUUGGCAGAAUCUGUGUUCAAUCACAACAGUCCAGUUAUCAACUGUAUUGGCCUGGGGAAGAAGACAGUGAAGAAGACCUCAGAGGCUCUUUUACUACCAAAACAGCAGACUAAGGUCAUUGUUGGGAAAGCUGGGGAAGGACCUUUGAGCAUUGCUUUACAUGAACACCACUUGGUCCCUACAGAGGUCCCUCCACUCUGGGAUAUCCCUUGCCAUACUUGCCACCAGCCCCCAGGUGAGUCUUGGCACUAUGACUUUGACUUCCCCCUGCCGAGAGCAACUGCCUGGGACCACUUUGAGAAUCUGGCCCAGGAACUGGAAAGCAAAGAAACACCUUCAGAGUUCUCACCCCAACGAAUCAUCCGCUCGAUCACAGAUCUGGACAUCUCUGAAUACACGCGCUCCACUAGCUUUGGCCGAUUUGACACCUUCAGACAGUCUCCUCCAGUAAAGCAGGAGGAAAAUGGAGGUGCCUUGUCUGCCGACGAAGAGCAGGUUGAUAGUGGUGCCCACACCAGAUCAGGAGGUAUCGGGAAGAAGAUGAAGAACAUCUCACUGACAAUGAGGAAGAGGAUUGUCAGGAACUAUGCCAAAGCCCUGUCAGAAGAACUGAUCUCUGAUAAAAGCCAAGGCGAUGAGACGGAGAAAGUUGGAGAAGAAGGGAAUGUUGUUGACAGGGUCCGUUCCUUUCCAGAAGUACUGAGAAAGUCCAGUUAUUCUAUGGAAAGCGUCUACAGCCUCAACAGUGGACAAAGCUCAUCCAGUGGGGUGACCAGUGGUUCAGACAGUAGUCAGAGAGACAGUCUGAGGCUGGACGAGGAGCUGUCCCUCACCAACACAGGCCAGAUAUGUGGCAGAGCCCAGGUCCACACUGACUUUGUUCCCAGUCCCUAUGACACUGAAUCACUCAAACUCAAGGUAGGGGAUGUGAUUGAAAUCAUCAGCAAACCUCCCAUGGGGACAUGGACAGGCGUGCUGAACAACAAGGUAGGAAAUUUCAAGUUCAUCUAUGUGGACCUCAUAGAAGAGAAGGUUCCAGAACCCCCUCAGAAGAUGAGGACACACAGAAGAAGCAGGAGACCCCAGGCCAAAACAGUACAAGAACUCCUAGAGCGCCUUCAUCUGGAGGAAUAUGGCUCCUCCUUGUUACUUAAUGGCUAUCAGACGGUAGAUGACCUGAGGGAGCUGAAGGAGCAGCAUCUGGUGGAACUCAAUGUAACAGAUCCUGAACACAGGCUUCGUCUGAUGGCAGCCGUUGAGUGCAUCCAUGACGUUGAGUGUAUCCAAGAACCCCAAAGUAACAUUAAAGUGGCAGAGAACCACGAGGACAAGUCCCCUGUGGAGAGCAUUAAAGUGGACCUGAGUGACUGCCCCAGAGACUCUGGAUGCUACAUCAGUCAGGGGUGCUAUAGUCCUGACUGCACCGACAAGAACAAGGACGAGACAAACACCUCCCUACCUGUACCGGACCAUCAUCCACCCAUGGGGUCUACCUAACCACCCCCAGCUGAUAGACACCUCUAAGGACCUGGCUGCAAAAUGCGGACUGGGUCCCAACGAUCUAAUGCAAAAGCCUGUUUUCUCAAAGCAUGAGUAGUCAUCUUUGCUAUCUUAUUGCAUUCAGUAUAAGUUGCCUAUGUGACUGGUAAUGCAGUUAAAAAGCUACUGUACCCAGAAGCGGACCAGUCAUUACCCAUUUUAGUGAGUUGUUUGCAGGUUGGUUUGUAAUUGAUGAUGUAUUCCAGGUCGGGCUGUCAGAGUUAUUCAGUUAACUUAAAUUAUUUGAGUCUGUUUCUUGUAAAGCUGUUUCUUGUACUUCCAAAACACAUAGUAAUGUAUAAUUAACUUGACAUUUAGGUUAAAUAAAGUGUUCAAUUCACAUAAUAUAGAUAACCAGUAUUUGAGACAAAGUCAAGGUAAUAUCUUUUAGUUGACUUAUUAGACGUCUGUGGCCCAAGUGCAUAGGAGAUGCAAUGUGUAGCGAUUACUUUGUGGGUGUACUGUACAUGCAGAUGUGUGUUUGGAAGAGGGUCAGGUUAAAUAAAAGUUAUUAAACAAA